CAAAUUGGGUGAAGAAAUAGAAGUCGGGGGCGGACAUCUCAAUGAAGAUAGUACACUAAAUAUACUCAUCUCACAACUGUAGUAAACUAAACUCUCUUUUUCUCAGUUUCCCAUUUUCUCUCUUUCCAAAUUUCUUCAUCGGUAUCUCCGAUCACAGCUCAUGGAGUCCGCUACCGCUCUCCGCUCCUUUCAUUAUUCAGUAGGUACCACUUCCCAUGUGAGGUCCGUAAUUGAAAUGCAUGGCGUCAUUCCAAUGAAUAGUGUUGCCUACUCCAAGCCUACUAAGUUUCCCCUAAAGGGCUCCACAAAUGGUGCAAGGCUCGCGUCUUCUCCUAACAAGCAUGUUAGAUUGAUACUUUCAUGUGCAAAGACAUCUGAAACAACUGUGACAGCGAAAUCUGAUGGAACCGUUCUUGCAGCUAGCCACCAAAAAGUGCCAACGGAAAGGAGUCCACUGCCAACAGCAACAUUUCCGAAGGGUUUUGAGGCUCUGAUUACUGAGGUGUGUGAUGAUACAGAAGUAGCUGAGCUGAAACUUAAGGUUGGAGAUUUCGAACUCCACCUGAAACGGAACAUUGAAUCUCCAGUAGUGCCUGCACCUGUUGUUUCCACACCACCACCACCAUCACCACCACCUAGUGCAAGCAAACCAUCUAUUUCAUCAACAGUUGCUGCUCCUGCGGCAUCCCAGGGGAAAUCGUCCUCAGAAAAGAUCAGCCCAUUCACAAAUGUUGCUGCCGAAAAAUCAGCAAAAUUAGCAGCUCUAGAGGCUACUGGAGCUAGUGGUUAUGUUCUUGUAUCAUGCCCAACGGUUGGUUCAUUCCGAAGGGCCAGGACACUAAAGGGAAAGAAACAACCCCCUGCGUGUAAAGAGGGUGAUGUUAUCAAGGAGGGACAGAUUAUUGGCUUUUUGGAUCAGUUUGGAACUGAACUUCCUGUCAGGUCAGAUGCGGCUGGAGAAGUCUUGAGGAUCCUCUUUAAUGAUGGUGAAGCUGUUGGUUAUGGUGAUCCACUUAUUGCUGUCUUGCCAUCAUUCCGUGGUAUCAACUGAAAUUGCUGUCACCUCUAGUUUUUGAAUUCUUGGAGAGUACUAAGGUUGCUGUUCUUUUCCUUGUAUUUUGGUGAACUCUGUCAUCUUGGGACUCUCUUAAUCCCAUUUGGGAUGCAAGUUUAGGUGGAACUGUAAACUUCUUAUUAAAGGUUAAUUCGGCUUUAGAACAAUAAAAGUUUGUCCAUUUGAGGUUGAGAA